AUGGCCUAUGCGACACUGGUUGGUCUGUGGCAGAUUUUGGCUCUCACACACAUCCUCAUGAUAUGUGGUCUGAUCACCCUCCCCCUCAACAAAAUCGAUCCCGCCUUCAUUGUCGGACAGAAAAUAGUUGAGAACCCAUCCAACCCACUCAAGAUCGCCAUUCCAGUGCUCUACGGGUCCCAGUGGUGCACCUGGUGCGUCAUCCUCGUCUGCAUGGUCUCCCUUCGUCUUGAAACAAUCGACCCAACCCUCGGCUUUGAAAUCCAGGACCCUAAACACCAACGACACUCUCUCGAUACCAGGAGAAACUAUGCGUCACCGUCCUACUCCAAUAUCAAUGGAAGCAGCAACAGCAGCAGCAAUAACAGCAAUAAUCAGAAAACGAACCAGCACCUAUUCAACUUUCGUCAGUCUGUCAUCGCGCCAAUCGGAGGGACGUCGUCUCCUGCCUCCUCCAACUCAAAGUCCUCUGGGAGUGGCGGCGCUGGUAUGGAAAGGAACUCGGUCACGAGGAUGUCUAAGGGCAAGGAUCCUUUGGACAAAGGACGAUAUGGUAAUGAUAUUGAGACUUCACAGGCGCCAGAGAGGUCAUGGGUCGGGAUGGAGAGGAGAGCUAGUUCCGACAGCAAUGCUAUUUUUAUUCCUAACGACCCUCGGAUAUCGCAGGUGGUUGUCACUUUCAAGGACGAUAGUCACGAUACCCAGCAGGAGCAUACUUCUCGAUCGAUGCUUGCCUCAGCACCCUCAUCCAAGCAGCAGACUCCUGAAGCGACGACUAUCUACAUUACCAACAACCACUAUGGACAGAGCAGUAAUACUGGUGGUAGCAAGACGGUGGUGCAUAACGGUCAACCAGGAAGCAGUCAGUCAGCCGCAAGUGCAGCACCAAGAGGAAUGGGAACGGCAGUAAGCAGGGAUGACGCCUAUGUUCUCAACUUUUCAGCAUCGGGCGAAUCUUUGGCUGACAUGAUCUUCAAAUCGACUCAGGACCAAAUUGCUCUCCCUAUUUCUCCUCUACCAACCGCCAAACCAGACAUGGAACCAUCUCCUCUUUCAACCGGACGAGCGUCACUACCAUACCAACCGCCGCCAGCAGCUACGAAGGAGGUUGCUGAAUCCCAUCCUGGUACUGACGACGACACACCCAAUCCGGCCAGGAUCCGCGGUACCGCCACUAAAGUGUCUUUGACCUUGUCCUCUGAUUCGUCUUCAUCUGAACUGUCGGCUCUCUCGAAUGUAUCGUCGAGUGACAGUGAUGAUACGCUGGAGUUUACAUCCAUCAACACCAACACCACCGCGGACACUCAAAUCAAACCUCAGCGGGCAGGAGGAUCUCUCCCACCACACCAUGGACCUGACGGAGUUGUCGCAGGGCUGGCCAUGACCUCUGUCGAUCCACUCCAUAUCAUCCCCAAAAACCAGACCCAACAACGUACUGCUGCAGCCUGGGAGUCAAAAUCUUUAGGCAACCCUGAAAUAGAAUCACAUCAGUAUAUAUCGUCGCACGGUCCACCUGGAGGGGAUGAGCACUCGCCCCGGGCUCAGCCCAACUCUUCGGAUUCUUCUCACUCCCUCUCUUCACUCUCUUCGACAUCCACACGAUCCAGGAACGACGGUCGGCCAGAGCGUGGACAAGUCUUUGGUACAACAGACACCAAGCCUAUUCUUACUUCUUCAUCCUCACCAGCAUCAUCUCAACAACCAGCACCCACUUCAACAUCAGCACAAGCAUCGUCACCAUUUAAUUAUACCCCAGCACCAUUUACACCCUUCCCUGCAGGUACAGGAUCAGUCUCUGUCACACCAACGACCGCGACAGCCACAUCACCAUCAGCAACAGGAGUCUCACGAACAAAAUCCCAUCGUGUUUCUCUACCCCUUCAAUACUGGCGCAAUCGAACUUCGCAACCCACUAGUCUCCCCCCAUCCUCCUCCUCCCACUCCGCUAACAACUUUUCAUCUUAUUCAUCAUCCUCUAUAUCACCACCACAAUCCUUUACCCAAAACUACCUCACCAAUCCCUUCCUCUCCAAAAAGAAAAAACUCCAAAUCCCAAUCAUCAUCAUCCAUGCAGACGACGAAGAUGGCGAACCCCCAAGGGUCCUCUCCCCACAGGACAUCGAAUACCUCACCACCAUGCCCCCCGUUCCCCUUCGACCCUUGAUCCAGCCUUGGGAUGAGAUCCAAGAGGAGGAAGAUGGAUUGUAUGAUGAUGGGUAUGAUGACUAUGACGACUAUCCGCACCCUCAUCAUCAAGAGCCUCUUCACUACCAGCAACACCAUCAGUACCAGCAGCAACAGUUCCCAGUCGCCUCGGGUGCUAUGUCUUACGACGAUGAGGAAUACAACGAGCGGGAGGAGGAGUUGAUGGGUAUGAAGAGUAGAAUCGACGAAGUCCACCAGCAAAGAAUUCUACUGCAGCAGCAGCAGCAACAACAACAGCACCAACUACGUCGGCAGUCUCAACAACAGGAUCUAGAAAAUAUCCAGGCAAUACAGUUCAACUUCUCCAAGGACGGAAAAGGAGAGGUGGAGUUGGAGGAUGAUCCGUACGCCUUGGAUGUCCCCGUUGAUCUGAGUAUUGAUCGUACUGACCUUGAGGGAUUGGAGAAGGAUAAUAGAAGGGCCAUAGAACUGUAA